GAGGCUGGGUUUGUUUACUGCUACGUGUUCGGGAAGUGCUGGGGGUUCGGUCGCGGUUGGCGGUGUGGCCCCCGGGAGCCGGUACCGGCCGCAGGAUGAGCUGGUUUAACGCCUCGCACCUGUCCAGCUUCGCCAAGCAAGCGCUAUCCCAGGCACAGAAAUCCAUCGACAGAGUGCUGGACAUCAAGGAGGAAGAGACAGCCUGGGCCGACUCCAUCAUAGGAUCUUAUACUGAGGGCAGUGGUUCUUCGAUUAAGGGCAGCUGGGAAACUUCGAACUGGGGAGUUAAUUCAGAAGAUUCAGAAGCACAAAUUGUUUUAUCUCCUGCUGCAAUUACCAAGCCUGUUAGAAGGACUGUAGUGGACGAGUCUGAGAACUUUUUCAGUGCCUUUCUGUCCUCACCAGAUGGGAACACUGUUACAGAUAGUUCUGUUGUAUCUACUGCUCCCACCAAAUCUCAAAGGCCCAAAGAAGAAGUAAAAAGUACUUCAUGUCCAUUGCCACCUAAACCCAAGCAGGAAGAGGAAACAACUUUUCAACUACAAAAUAAACAACUAUGUAUGAGUCUAUCACAAGAUCCUGAACUGACCAAUAUAACAGCAGACAAAUCUAUACCUGGCAAAUCAGAGACGACUGUAACUGAGAAAUGUGAUGAGCAAUCUUCAAAUUCUGAUGGCAGUUCAGAUGACCUGAAGGACCAUGAAGUUCUAGAAUGUAAAUAUGAAAGCAUAUCUUCAAGCCCUUCUCCUAUAGCUACUCCUGAAAAUAAGGACCUAUCACUAGAUACUAAAGAGCAAAAGCCGGAGGAUAGGCAAAGCAACACUCCUUCUCCACCUAUAAGCACUUUUUCCUCGGGGACCUCCACGACUAGUGACAUUGAGGUGCUGGACCAUGAGAGUGUGAUUAGCGAGAGUUCUGUCAGUUCAAGGCAGGAAGCUUCUGAUUCCAAAUCAAGCUUACAUUUAAUGCAGACAUCAUUUCAGCUUCUUUCUCCUUCUACAGAAUUCAGUCGCUUAGAUGAGUUUCCCAAGCUUACUGAAAGCUCCUCUUCCUCUGAUGCCUUUGAGAGAAUAGACUCUUUUAGUGUACAAUCCAUGGAUAGCCGGAGUGUGAGCGAAAUCAAUUCUGAUGAUGAACUUCCUGGCAGACAGUGUACCCUGGUUUCAAUUGCGGUUGGCUAUUCCUCUUCAAACACAGAGGGUAACAGCUCCAGGGAAAGCUAUUCGGGGCAAUGCCUGAAUGAUACCUUACUUGUGCAUUCUUCGGAUGAUAUAGAAAUGGAGGAAAGUGGAAGGAGUGCAACCCCUGUUAAUGCAGAGCAGCCGGAUCUGGUUGUAACUCCUCAUGCACCAGAAACUGAUGAAGUUGACCAAAAUGUGCCUGAAAUAUUGUGUGAGGCUGAAGUUGAGCCAAAAGUGGAAUACACUGCUGAAGAUCUACAAAAGAUGAUCGAAGAACUUACUGCCAGACUGGAGAAAAGGGAAACUCAGCUGCUAUCAGUGAGCAAGGAAAAGGCCUUUCUAGAGGAAGCCUAUGAUAACCUGAAAGAUGAAAUGGUAAGCAUCAAGGAAGAAUGUAGUAGUGUUUCUGUGCUGAAAGACGAGUUUACACAUCGUAUUGCAGAAGCUGAGAAGAGAGCCCAGCUUGCAUGUAAAGAGAGAGACCUGGCAAAAAAGGAGGCAAAGACUAUGAAGGAGGAAUUAGCUACAAGAUUACAUUCUAGUGAAACUGCUGAACUAAUGAGAGAAAAGGAUGAACAGAUUAAAGGAUUACUGGAGGAAGGAGAAAAACUCUCCAAACAACAGCUGCACAACUCCAACAUUAUUAAGAAAUUACGAGUAAAGGAAAAGGAGCAUGACCAAACUAUAACCAGACAGACAAAGAAGAUCCGGGAGCAGGAGGAGGAACUGCAGCUGUUAAAGCAGACUUUAGAUGCCAAGGAAGAGGUUGAGAAACAACACAGAGACAGCAUUAAGAAACUGAACUCCGUGGUGGAAAGGCAAGAGAAGGAGCUAGCUCGUCUUCAGGCUGACAUAGAGGAAUAUCAGGAGAAGAAUCGCAGUCUUCAGUCUGCCCUGGACAACUCUUACAAAGAGCUUGCAGAAUUGCACAAAGCAAAUGCAACUAAAGCCAGUGAGGCCCAAGAAGUUGCAUUAAGUUGUGAGAUAAAAGCUAAGGAAGAGAUGUGUUUUGCAUUGGAGAAAGCCAAAGAGGAGUCACAGAAACAGCAAGAGUCUUUGGCCAUCCAGGUAGCAGAUUUGAGGGUGACUCUUCAGAGAGCAGAACAACAGGCUGCAAGAAAGGAAGACUACCUACGACAAGAGAUUGCUGAGCUACAGCAGAGACUCCAGGAAGGCGAGACACGGAACCAGGAGCUCAGUCAGAGUGUCACAUCCGCCACCAGGCCACUACUUCGACAGAUUGAAAAUCUGCAAGCCACGUUGGCUGCCCAGACAUCGUCAUGGGAGAAACUGGAGAAGAGUUUAUCCGAUAGACUUACUGAAUCUCAAACGUGGUUGGCAUCUGCAGUCGAAAAAGAGCGAGCGUGUACUGAGGAACUGCUCUCCAUCAAGACUCAGAUAUCGGCCAUUGAGUCUCAGAACAGUCUGCUGAGACAGGAGAAAAGCAGAUUUCAAGCUCAGUUGGAAGUGGAGAAAGCGCGUUUAUCGAGGAUGGAAGAAGAGCAUGGCAGGAACCAGGUGGAAUUGGAAAAUCUAAAGAGCGAGUACAGGAGAACAGUCGAAGAUGCAAGAAAAGAAAAGAAUCUCCUGAACAGCCAAUUGGAGAUGGAGAAAAUGAAGGUGGAACAGGAAAAGAAGAAGGCUUUGCUUGCGGUGGAAGCUGCUAAAGAGAAGGAGCGCAAGUCAUAUGGACUUCCAUCAAUGGAGACUGGAACCACUACCCCAACAUUGUCACGAUCUAGUUCUAUUAGUGGGCCAGACUUUUCAGGCCUUCAGACAUCACUCAUCUCACAGGAUGAUCCUCACGAGCAUUCAUACGGCUCCAUGUCUAUGUCCGUUAGUGGAAGCAAUCUUUACGACGCAGUGAGAAUGGGUGCUGGUUCUAGUGUCAUUGAGAACUUACAGUCUCAGUUAAAAUUGAGAGAGGGGGAGAUUGCGCAGUUGCAGCUUGAGAUUGUGAACCUGGAAAAGACACGCUCUAUAUUAGCAGAGGAAGUGGUUAAAUUAAACAAUAUCAACGAUGAACUUGAAGAAAAAGUGAAGGAGAUCCCUAAACUGCAAGCACAGAUGAGGGAUCUAGACCAGCGAUAUAACACCAUUCUGCAGAUGUACGGAGAAAAAGCGGAAGAAGCGGAGGAGCUCAAACUGGAUCUGGAAGAUGUGAAAAAUAUGUAUAAGACUCAGAUUGACGAACUUCUAAAACAAAGACAAAAUUAGUUUCUGUUAUAGUUAGAAAGGAGAGAAAAUGUUUAUGGAAUUUAUUCACUAAAUGGUGUCUUGUGAUGAGUUGAUAAGAGUUGCAAUACGAAGGCCAAAAUAACAAGAGUUUGACAUUUUUAUUAACUCUAGUAUUUAGACCUUAUUCUUGUAACUUUGUUGUAAGCCAACCAUAACUCACUAUUUAGUGAAUAAACCCCUUAGAGAUUAACCCUUCAAGUGCUAAAACAGUUCUUGGCAAAUUUUGGUUGUACAUUUGUUGUUGCACUACAACCCCUAUGAUCCUCAGUUAGGAUUGAUGCUGGCUGACAAUCAUGGGGGGAUGCUGUUACCCACCUCUGAAAUGGAAUUUAGCACAACAUCGCUUUGCAAUGAACUGAACAAAUCGCUGGCCCGCCAAAAGGUUAACCAUUUUAAUGACAAACUUGUUUAAUAUGUAAAUGUAGAAACUAUCUUGUAUAAAACAAUAGUGUACAUUUUUAAUUAUUAUUUACUAUCCUUUAUGUUUCAAAACAAAAUCACAUUUAUCUGUAAUUUGUCCAGUCAUAGCUGUAAUUAAAUUAUUUGUUUAAUAUUUAAAUAAUCUUGUUUUUGCAUUUUUAGAUUAAGAGUUUGAUGAAAGGGAUUCUCUAAGCAUCAUAAAUAUUGAAGCAUGCUACUGCAGUGUGGUGAAUUGGUUAUGGUGCUUAGUGUCUCUUUAAAAUUAAAUGAUCAAAUAUUAAAGUUGCACUGUCACUGUCUGGGGAUUUUUCAGAAUUUGCAUGGUGAUAUCGGCGCUGGGGGUCCAGUGGCUGGGGGGGGA